GCAAGAGCUCGGCGCGAGUACUUCACGGAGCGAUUUUCAUUUCCCACGGCAUCGAGCUCACCACGCGGUAACCAUCAACAGUGUUUAUCGUAACGAUUAAAAUGUCAACUUGAUGAAUUCCUCAUACGAAAGUAAAUCUCUGUGACGUAGCCCCCCACCCCCCUACCACCGCAAUUUCCCUAUUGUUUACGGUAAUGAAUUUUCAAUCAAAAAAUGAAAAUUGAUGAAAAAAUUCAAUUGACUGACAUUUAUCAGUGACAUUUGAGUGAUAACUUGUGCAUUGUGACAUUGAAUCGACGGGAAAUUGUGGAAACGAAUUAUUCUCAUUGGAUAUUAAUUUCUUUGUGAGGGGAAAAUUGCAAAAGUAAAAAGGAAAAGGAAAAUUGAUCAAGUUGAGGGUCAAGGUUUCCCAUGUGGUUUUGGAACGACGAGAUCACGUAUCGUCACUCGUUAAGAAUCAGAGAAAGUGAAGAGGCCCGGUUUUUUGUAUAUAUACAAGAGACAGUAAGAGGAACAGUAGAAGGAGCUGUGGCGCCUCUCUGGUAUCCCCCCAGCAAGUGAGAGAGAGGAGGGUCGGUCUACCUUCUACCCUGGCUGAAGAAGAAACGUGACGUACAAGCGAUCCAUUACGAGGAAUUCCGCGCCUGGGCAAUUGUUAGCCAGUUGGAUAUUACAAGAGGGCUUUUUCAUCUUCACACUUGACUCUGUGAAAACGACUUGUGGCUAGUCGUUUAUUCCCUCACGCUUUGUGAUUCCAAUAGUUGUUGUUUUUCCCUUGGUUUGAGGUGUAUUAACUGAGGGGGCUGGGGGAUGAGUACAUCUGGUUGGUGGGGUUGACCACAGGGAUCAUCAGUACAACGUUGAUUGCAUAUCCAACUGUUGCCAUUACAUCUACUCGAGAGGGAAAAAAAGCACCCGAGAUAAGUGAGAAAACGGAAUUUUCAUGCAUCUCGCAAAAAUGAUGAAAUAAAUGAUGAUAAUUAAAUGAAUGGAGGAAAAUUACCCGGAAAAUAAAAAGAAUUUUCUGGCGAUAAAUCAGUGGAUAUUGACGACGGGGAAUUUAUUGGAUUCAUCGCUGAGAAGAGAGGGAGAGAGAGAGAGAGAGAGAGAGAGAGAUAAGGAAUUGAAUAAUAAAAAGUUGACGAGGGAACGGGGGAACUCGAGAGAAUGCGGUUGGGGGAUGGAUGAGGAAGUUGUAAUUUAACCUCGACGACGCGCAUCACACGCGGCAUUUCCUCCCACCUUUUUUUUCACCUCCCCUCCACGUUCAAGAUAAUUAUAAAGCGGUUUUUGUGAAUGUGGUGAUUUUUUCAAGUGAAGUUUUUAUUGUUUUUAUUGUGAAUUUAUUGACAAUGUGUUUUGAGGGGGCAAAUGACACCUGAAUGACACUCUUGGAGAGAUGACGAAUGUUAACAGGAUUCGGGUGGUCGUCCUCGGAGGCCCGAGAGUUGGAAAAUCUGCUGUUGUAGUUCGAUACUUAACAAGACGAUACAUCGGCGAAUACAGUUCGACUAGUGAUUUUCUUUAUCGUCACAGUGUUACCAUUGACAAUGUCACAACAGAGGUGGAGAUACUGGAUACCUCCAGGUGCGAGGAGAAUGGCUGUUUGUACUCACACAUACGGUGGGGCGAGGCAUUCGUCAUCGUCUACAGUGUGACUUGCAAACGCAGCUUUCAAGAGGCACGGGGACUUCUCAAACAGCUGGCUGAUCUUCGUUUACCAUCGUACUUCACUGCCCUUCUACUCGGCAACAAACGAGACCUCGAUCAUGCACGAGAGGUGUGUGUAGACGAGGGUCAACAGCUGUCUCUAGCCCACGGUUGUCAAUUCUACGAAGUGAGUGCCGCCGAGAGUCCCGCGGGUGCAGCUCUAGCCUUUCAAGCGCUGCUGCGUGAAGCGCGAUCGGUUCAAUUACUUCGGGCCCUUCCAAUAAGACGAAAACUCGGUGUCCACUCGGUGUCGAGAGUUCUAGGCACAAUAUUCGGUAAGAACACGACGAAAGACAGGAAGAAGAGGCCAUCGUUGAGCAUAUGACGCCUCCUGUGCGCCCUCCUGCUCGGAGGACGUGACGAACCUGAGAAACGCACUAAUGUCAUUGUUCUCAGCAGCAAUGUCUACGCCAAUCGUUGAGUAACAUUUGUCCCCGGGGAUGGAAAGUCCUCGGGUUGUGCUAUCGGUGGUUCGUUACGCCUCAGCCCUCACUCAUCUCUCGGGGAGGAUUCGGAGAUGUAGGCUCUCUCCUUGUGGAGUUUGGACUUGACUUCAUGCCGGAGAAAUUGUCAAAUUAAUGCGGAGGUCGCACGAGAAUCAGUUGAAAGUCGAGAUGAAGACUACUGGGACCUGAAUUGCGAUGAGGUGUGCAAUUGAUAGUGAACAACUGGUGUUCUUCAACAGUGAAACCACCACCUUAUUUUGUGAAAUUGAAAUUGAAUUGAAUCAAUUGUCAAGUGGUGCGAAUUCCAUUUCUUGAACACCAUUUUUUUUUUAUUGCAAGUUUUAUAUUGCAUGAAAUGAUUUUUAAAAAAUGAGGAAAAAUCAAAAAGUUACAGUCAUAAUGCAGGUAUUUUGGAUGCAACAUUUUUCAUUCAAUAUUCAUAUCCAGCAACAAGAAAAUUUAAUUCUGAAUCGGAUAAUAAAUAAAUGAAAAAAUGCCAUUUCGUGGCAGUUAUGUGAUAUCCCUUCAACAUCCUCAUACCCCCCAAUAAUGUAAAAAAAUUCCACUCUCAUUCCAAUUAAUCAGAAAAAUCGUAUACAAUUUUGUAUUCAUUACAAACUGUCAUGUAGCUUUUUACCCAUUGGAAUUAAUGUUUUGAAACUCGCCCAUCCACUGCCAUUCAUUUUACUUAAUUUUUCCUGCCCAAUGUAAAAAAAAAAACGAAAGAAAAAAACCAAGUGUCCAACGUGUCCGGAUGGCCGGAGAAAACGGUACGAGGAGGCAUCGUCAAUUCACUUUCCAAAAUUUUAUAUAUACAACAGUGGGAGAAAAAAGAAGAUGUAUCCACGUUUCACUUAAUGCUUGAAUUAAUUGUUGCCCGAUGACGUUGUUUCGUUGGUGAUUAAAAUGUCAGUGUACCGAGUGAAUGAGGGAUGCUCCUAAGUCGAUUAUUUUUAAUGAUAUGAUUAUUUGCAAUUUUUUGAAGAUAAAUCCAAGGCACUUAUUGACUAUUUCCAUUUGUCUUUGUAAAUAAAAAAAUAUUUAUCUGUUGAUUCCUUCAUCGAGAAAUAAAAAGGGUUGAACAAUUUUUAUCGCCAGAAAUUCUUGAUCCUUAUCACUUGGAUUUUCUUGAAUGCCAUGAGUGAUUACAGUGUGAGAGUUGAUGUUUAUAUUUUAAUGAUAAAACAGAUGAUGUGCUGCUUCUUGCGUCACCUUGAUGAAGGUUGCUUUACAAUUAAGACUGUAAAACUUUCUUGUGUACAUAGUGUGAUUAUGGAGUGCCUUAAUAAAGGCCAAUGAUUAUCGAUAGGUCGAUGUUAAAUACAUUCCAAAACAAUUUGAUGAUUUUUGCAAAUUGAUAAUGUAUUUGAGUGCUAGUCACUUGGAUUAAAUUGAUGAAUAAAUUUUU